UGAAGCAAGAGGCAAACACAACUCCACAUUUGUAUUGAGAUCUACCCGAUGCACCUCCGUCCCUGCACAGCCUACAGAUUGUGUAUGUGUGUGAGGGGCACCAGUAAACAUAGCAGUGCUGCUACAGGUAAACUCUAAAUAGCUCUAGCCUCGUGAGCCAGAGGGUUUUUUUGGGAUCUGAAUUUAAAUCCUCAUAGCCUGGAUUGGAUUAUUUUUCCCCCGUUGUGAGCCCCAAUUUAAGAGGAUACCUGUUACUUUCCCUUUUUUGUUUGAUUAUAGAGAGCACCAUCACAGGUGUGAGGAGGGCACGUACGAGUCAAGCUGCAGAAGCGUGAGGGAGUCCGGGUCCAGAAGGAUAAGCACCGUGCCCCGUUUUUCUCCAUAAAGGAAAGGAGAACAUUGGUUAUCUGCUUCAGGGAAAGGGACCAAAGCCCUGGAUUAAUGUGUAUACAGGCUCAACAAGGGAGCAGAGGAUUCUGGGUUACCUGAAGACCUGGAGUACACGAGUGAACAGGCCCGUAUUGAGCCUGUGGCACAGGGGAUUGGCAUGGCUCAGACCAGCUUUGUGUCGACUCAUCAUGCCUGUCAGGCUUGAUUGCAGAAAGGAGCCUUCAUCCUACACGCGGAACACUAUACAACAACCAACAAAUCUCAUUUGCAGUUAUGGCUGUUGAGCUCAACCGCAGUUAGGAUUUUUAAUAUUGCCUGCGAGCUCAUGUUUUGUCAGUGAGAGGGGAUGCUUUUUUCGACAGGCUUAUCUGCCAUGGUGAAGGCAUUGAAGGCAUGAGCCUCUGACUACACAGAGGAGGUCAUCGUCCAAACAAGCAUCAGCUCAGCAAACACUGACCAGGUCAGGAUAUCACCAGAAACCCCUCGGACAAACUUUUCCCUUUCAGAAAGGAUAAGAACAGUUUCAAGAGGAAAUCUUGAUUGGAUUUUCGGUGGCUGGAACGGAUUUACCACAUCGUAUAAAUCAGGUAUGACGAAUACGGAUUGCUUUGCUUUUUUCCACUUCACUGACCAGACCACAAUUUCUAAUGAGACAUGCAGGAAGAGAGGUCAUGGCAGGAAUGCAUAAUUAAAGCAAUAAAUCAGUAUUAGCCUAAUUAAAAGGGGAACUACACAUCAAUAGUGGAAAAAAAAUAGACAGACGAGCAGUUGGCACAUUCUGCUGUGCGUCACGGUUUUGUUAAUAUCAAGUUUAUGUACUGUAAAAUUGAAUCUUUUUUUUAUUAGAUAUAUUUGAAACAUACCACAUUUUCUGUGGAAGGAUAGAUGAAGCUCACAAAUGUAAUCUUGUGACCUCAGAUAAACCUGACCCUCUUGGAUCUAAACGUGCUAAAGACUUUUAUCAAACCUCUUUUCUGUGAGGAGAGAUAUUCCUUCCAUCCCUUGUAAGAGCCCAGUUAAACCACAGAAUUUGAACGGCGGAAAGGCAUGGGCAACGAUCUAACAGGAUUUAAAGAGUAUGUCAGUUCCACAACAUCUCAUCAACAAAGCCUGACUUUGUUCACUCUCGUGGUCUGUAGCGAUGUAAGGCAGCCUUGAGAUUCAGAAAAUGUGUAAAACAACGAAGGGAUGCUAUUACAUUUCACAAGUCAGGGCCAAAGAGCCGAGUCACAGAGAUUCAAUUCACAAAGCUCAGAAGUUAAACAUUGUUUCUAAUGCAGGUUGCUUUUUAAACGUUUAAUCCAAGAAAUGUACAGAUGACGUAAAGCAAGCUCUGAAGCAAACAGUUUACUGUCGGGGAAAAAAAAAAUGUCUCACUCUUAUUUUUACUGUCUGGCACUCCUAAUGAUCAAUUCAUAUACAUUUAAUAGGAGGAUUUCAAACUGAUUUUUUCAUCAGUUAUUUAAUCUAGAAAAGUGCUGCAGGCAGCAUUUCAAACACCCAGCAAUUAUGAGAACAGGAAUUUGGCUCUCCUUUAAAGGCCUUGUGCAUUAAAUGUACCCUUGUGUCUUCUCCCCAGGGGCUGUUGAGUGAUUAGACGGCAAGGCAACACAGCUUCAAGAUGGUGCGUCAAUGCCAGACCUUUAUCCUCUUCCUCACCAGGGUAGGACUGCUGCUGGGUCUAGCUAACCCCCUGGUGACCUCUGCCUCGUGUCCCUCCGCCUGCCGCUGUGAUGGGACCUUCAUCUACUGUAAUGACCGUGGCCUGACUUCCAUUCCUACUGGUCUGCCCCUGGAUUCUACGGUGCUCUUUCUGCAAAACAAUCGCAUCAGGAGCUCAGGCAUUCCUGCAGAGCUCCGCAGGCUGUCAAAUGUGGAGAAGAUCUACCUUUACUGCAACAAUCUGGAUGAGUUCCCCACCAACCUUCCUCUUGGGCUGAAAGAGCUCCACCUUCAGGAGAACAACGUUCGGAUGAUUACCCACGACUCUUUAGCUCAAAUCCCCUACAUUGAGGAACUUCACCUGGAUGAUAACUCGGUAUCUGCAGUCAGCAUUGAGGAGGGGGCCUUUAGAGACAGCAAUCACCUCAGACUGCUGUUUCUCUCCAGAAACCACCUAAGUACGAUCCCUUCAGGCCUACCCAUGAGCAUUGAGGAGCUGCGCUUUGAUGACAACCGCAUCUCCACCAUUACAGAGCAGUCGCUGCAAGAUCUCAUCAACCUGAAGCGACUGAUCCUGGAUGGUAACCUGCUCAACAACCGUGGGAUUGGAGAGAUGGCUCUCAUAAACCUGAUCAACCUGACUGAGCUCUCACUAAUGAGGAACUCCUUGACAUCGCCGCCAGCCAACUUGCCGGGCAACAGUUUGGAGAAGCUGCAGCUACAAGAUAAUCACAUUAAUCGGGUCCCACCUGGGGCUUUCGCCUUCCUUAGGCAGCUGUAUCGCCUGGACCUGUCUGGCAACAACCUGAGCAGCCUCCCGCAGGGUGUGUUUGAAGAUCUGGACAACCUCACACAGCUCCUGCUACGCAACAACCCCUGGCAGUGCACAUGCAGGAUGAAAUGGGUGCGGGACUGGCUGCGAUCGUUGCCGUCUAAGGUGAAUGUGCGUGGCUUCAUGUGCCAGGGUCCUGAUAAGGUCAAAGGCAUGGCAAUUAAAGACCUAACUACAGACAUGUUUGACUGCACAGAUGGAGAACUCCCCACUUAUGAGACGAGCACAGUCUCCAACACCAUGCGCCCCACACAGCCCCAGUGGCCCUUGUUUGUGACUAAAAGGCCUGUGGUAAAAGGGCCCGACUUUGGUAGGAAGUACCACAGCACGACCACCUCUUCGGGCAGAAAGAUCAUCACCAUCAGUGUGAAGUCAAGUAGUGCAAAUGCAAUACACAUAUCAUGGAGGGUGUCGCAGCCCAUGACUGCCCUGCGGCUCAGCUGGCUGAAGCUGGGUCACAGCCCAGCAUUCGGCUCCAUCACUGAGACCAUCGUGCAGGGGGAGAGGAAGGAGUACCUGCUCACGGAACUGGAGCAAGAGUCUUCCUAUAGGAUAUGCAUGGUUCCCAUGGAGACCAGCAACAUUUACCUGUCAGAUGAGACCCCUGUUUGCAUCGAGACAGAGACUGGUUCCCACAAAUCAUACAACCCGACUACAACGUUAAACAGAGAGCAGGAGAAAGAGCCUUACAAAAAUUCCAGUCUGCCUUUGGCUGCUAUCAUUGGAGGGGCUGUGGCUCUUUUGGCAAUAAUCAUGUUGGCACUGGUGUGUUGGUACGUCCACAGGAACGGGUCACUUUUUUCCAGAAACUGCACCUACAACAAAGGCCGUCGGAGAAAGGACGACUAUGCUGAGGCUGGCACGAAGAAGGACACCUCCAUCCUCGAAAUACGAGAGACUUCUUUUCAAAUGAUACCCAUAAAUCACCUGCCCGUGUCCAAGGAGGAAUUUGUGAUACACACGAUUUUCCCACCGAAUGGCCUGACUUUAUACAAAAGCCCACAUAACGAGAACAGUAUCAGCAACAGGAGCUACAGAGACAGUGGAAUACCAGAUUCAGACCAUUCCCAUUCAUGAUAUUGCGCAUGGCCAUUCGUGAUGAGUGCGUGACAUAAACAGAGUGGCAAGACUUUUACAAAACACUGGAUCUAUCAGACUAAGGAAGCAAUGUUCUGUACAUUUGCCAUAUAAUUUAUAUUUAAGGACAUUUUAUGAGGACGAAGGACGUUCCAGUUGCAGGACAUCACUGAACCAUCAGUGGGUAUUGUAACUAACUGCAAUUCUAUAUUUUAGGAAUUUGUAGUAAUUUGUACUGUAUUUCCUUUGCUUAAGGUUAUCGACCAACUAAAAGAAACUCUGUGUUCUACUGAGAUAUGAUGACUUGUCAACUGUGAAAGUGGGUUUUCAUUGCUGUGUUGAACAAUCAGACCUUAGAAAACCUUGUAGUAUAAGCACAGGUCAUUAUUUUAACUUUGUGGCUGUCUGAAAAACAAAAAGGCAAAAAAAUGACAUGAAGUAAACCAAGGCACAGCUGAUCGACUAAUUCGCAAAGCAGGCAUGUUGCCCUCGAAAAAGAACGAGCAGUCAGUAGCUGUCUCCACACAAUGCGGACCAAGAGUCUGACUGUAGUAUUCACCUGGUUGGAGUACGAGUAACUAAAGAUGAGGUGCCAUGCUUUAUUUCUCUGCUUUGUUUGAUGUGUGAUUUUUCUUUCCGUUUUGCAAGAAGAGGAAACACAGCAAAGCCACCCGAGCAGGGUUCCAGUGUUUCCGAUAGGAUUGUAGACCACAGCACAGGGCAGAUAAAGCACACCGACCUUAAGGAGCCCUCUGCUCCUCAAAAACAAGUAGACUGGACAGGCUGACACAGAGGACCCCCCCACUAGCUCUAUUUGUACAAGCCAACAAUGGCCAAACGACAAUGGCGGCAUUCUUUAGUACCAUGUACCAUACGUCAUUCUAGUCACCAGGCCGAAAAGACAAAACACGAUAGCUUCCAUUAGAAUUACCACAGUGUCGGCAACUCCUUGUUAUGAGUAUUAUUUUGUAUUAUUUUCCAAAUGAACACACCGUUAUGUUUCCACAAUUUGAAGUUAACUGUUCUUAACAAUUGAAAACCAAAGUGCAUUGUAUGCCCUUUGGCCAGUCUUGUAUGUGCCUUGAUCCAAUGCUUAUUGUAUUUAGCUUUUUAAGAAACCAGUGACUUUUUUUCAUACACACUUGAAUAUGAAAAAUAUUGGUCAUAUUACAGAAUAAAAGUGGACAAAAAUAACUUUGCUCUUCCUUACCUUGAGUACAACAAACCUCACUCAAAACAAUUUUAAUUGUUCUGUUAAAUCACUAUCAUCCCAUCAUGCUUUGCUGUGAUUGCUCAAUUUAUUUUUCUCUGCUCAUGCAAAUUAUAUCUUUGUAGAAAUGUGAACUGCCCUGGAGUAAAAAAGACGGCUACAGGGAACAUGUUUUAUUCAUUCACGUCUCAAAAUACUGUCUAGGCGCUGGAAAACAUUAGAAAAACAUAACCUACUGCAUUUUUAUCCUUCUCAACGAUCUGAACUCUCAGGUCUUAAGUUCAUAGCCUUUAACCCACAUCUCUCCUUUCAAGACACUGUGAACUCUUUUACAAUAACCGAGAUACUGUUCUUGAAACCCAGUUUUCCACUCCAUGGGCAGUCUGCAGAGCAACAUCUGCUCGAGGCUGCUGUUGUUCUUUCGUGCGGUGAAGCCAUGUGUGACUUAUCCGAUUGGCCAGAGAGAGAAAUGUCACAGCAGAGUAGAAGUAGGCUGUGGAGAGAUUGGACUCUAGGGUUUGAUGAACCUCCCAGGCACCAGGGCAACAGAAAACUAACGACGAGGCACCAUAUGGAGGGUGGUACGGGCAGACCCUGAUGGGGACAAAGUAUAUAUACACACUGCUCCGGGCUUCAGGAAGCACACUUAAUGACAUGGCUGCAGCUCACCCCGGCAAGGGCCCAUGAAAGGUACACAUGCAAAAGCAGUAAAAUAGCCUGUUAGCCCAUUUUACAAAUGCAUCCAACAGAACAUCUUUUGACAGCUAGCACAAAGUUAAUGCAUUUCAGAUUAUACACACUAGACUCUAGCACUGACCGUACUCCCACACAAAAGCAUAAGUAUUCAGUGUGUAUCACAAAAAAUAUGGCAGACCCACAUUCACACACCCACAAGCUCUUAACAUAGGGGAAAGCUUUAAUUACAGUAAGGGCAGCCGCUAAAAGCUGCACACGCUAUCCAAACCUUAAGUAUACACUAAGCCUGCCCUGUACACUAAAUAUAUAUAUCACAUUCACUUGAAAUCAAAGUAAACAGACGGUCUAUUUUUAGAAUACUGAAUGAUAACAGUUUCCAUAUGAACUCUGUCAAUAGUUUCUUGUUCUUUGACUGUUCAGGCUUAGUCCUAUUUUAUCUGAGUAAAGUAAAGAGAAAACUAAAUGAUAAAACCUUGGAAUGUUGGUAAUUUUUCUUUUAUUACUCCGUAGUGAACAAAGCCUCUUCAUCAGAGGUAACAGUUAUCACACUUUUUAUGGUGGCAUUCUACAGACACAUAAAAUAAACAGAAUGUGCUAUGAUGUGUUUUCAGGUAAAUUACUGAACAAAAAGACGCACCGUUUUCUCACUGCUAUUAACGGCCUUCACAGCAUCACAUUCUCGCUGAAUGAGAGAACCUCUUAAAGUGGUUCAAGUGUUCGUUUUGAACCAGAGAAGGCGAAACUAAUUGUACCGAUGAGAUCACUGCAAAUUCUUCAGCUAGAACAGCAUUUGUUUUAUGUUAUUGAUGAGCUUUUGAGAUUUAGUUAAUUACUCACAUGGGUUUGUAGUGACUGAAGUAUGCAGACAAUGAGCAAACUGCUCUCACAUUUUCACUCACCUGUGUGAUAAGUUACAGUUUAGCCAAAUGGUGAGAGGAGCGAGCUAUUGUUGCGACUUUCACUAGAAAUAACACAUUAACCAGAGCAGCUUUGUGCAGUUCGGCUGACCAAAGUAUGAGACAAAAUUGAUGAACCAGACUGCCAGAGACCCCGUGCGACCUCACUUAUCACUCAUGACCCUUGACCCAUCUGUCCCUUUAAACAGUUAUUUAAUCACUCUCAUGUUCUCACCGAGGUCAGACAGGUCUUCAAACAACACAAGAUGUCACAUGCAUUUGUCUCCUGUGUGACACACUCAGAACCUAAUUAUGUCUGUUUUGUAACCCAGAGAUUGGAACUAAUGGCGGCAGCUGCACUGUCUGCCCCGGGCCUAUUGUAAUGUACUGGUCAGCCCGUCGGUCACAUUUGCAUUCCUAUAGAUGCUCAUAUCACAGCACCCCUGGAUGACCCCACCGCUGCCAAUAGCUGAGCAUGGGUCUUCUCAGUCAACACCAUUAGCAUGAUCAAAAAAAAAGAAAGAAAAGCACAGGCCUUGUGACCCUAAAACUGAUUAGAGGUCAGUGAGUUACGGUCACACUCAGUUCAAGGACCACAGGAUAUGAAAAAUGGAUGCAUAUCAAUACCCCCAAAACACAGCCAGUCAUCAGGGUCUCUGAUAGGCAACCUGUCCACCAAAUGGAUGCUUAGCUCAGGAGGAACCCCCCGGCUUUCAUUACAGGCCAUUCUAAGCAGGGACGCCAGAAAUGAUGGGCAAAAACACUAGGAAGAAAAGGUCAGCUGUUUAGCUAAUGGCUUAAUUGUCCUCAAAAGCAUAUAAAGGCUCUCAGCGUAAGGUUAAGCCAAUGAGUUGAUACAAAAGAGGACCCAUUUGAGUUAUUUUGAUUUGGUGUAUCAACAUGAUUAGGCAUUCUCAGUGAAGGCGCCUUAAACUAACCGUACUAAAUCAGAGAGCCUGCUCGGAUUUGACACAAAGGAAAAAAUGAAACACCAGCAAUGUGUUGAGGAAUUAUUAAAGUUGAAUAUUAUCGUCUCAUAUGACUAAAUGGUCAUAAUGUGGAGAAAAAGUCUCCUUUUGUUCUAAAAAAGUGUCUACCACAGAAUAAGAACACCUUGUUUUUAAACUCUUGUAAAAAAAACAAAAACCUGCUUCAUCAACACAGACUAAAAUGCCCAAAACAACUGCUCACUCAAAACAAAAAUAAAAGGGGCGCUUGCUGUUCCCUCUCCCUCACAUCCUGUUGCACACAGCUUGCACAUCAAACAGAGCCACGAUUUAAUGGCCUCUAAAUGCUGAGCAGAGUCGUGCUGAGGUCAGAAGCCAAACCGAGGCUCGGGGCCUCCCACAAAGUCUGCACCAUUGCCAAUGAGUUAAAUUUGCAUAUACUGUGUGUGCGUUUGUGUGUAGAAGGGAUACAAAAAUGUGACUGUUCUGAAUGCUCUGAUGUAAAGCAUUUGCUCUCUACAUUUAUCCUCUGCCACAGUGCUUAUAGUUUGUUCACAUAGUUCUGAAUCAAAUCCCAUUUCUCAUUCAAAUGUGCCGUUAUGAAUGCAGACAUGCUCGCGAGCGUCUAGGUGGGGUCCCCGAGGUACAUGCUAAUGAGAGUCUGUGAUUGGAGAGGGAGCCUCAAAGACCUCUCAAAGAGACUUCUGACUGAUCGUGUACAUUUUGCAACGAACAAAAGGGAGGUGGGAGCCGACAGCCUGAGGGGACAGGAUGUUUUUGAUAUUGAAGCCAUCUUCAUCACUCAUUCGUGAUGACAUUUGACAACGAGAGGCUCGUGCUAACCCGUGAAAACGUCUACAUGUAAUUAUGAAGGUUAUAGAGGCUAUGACUACUUGCCCUGUCAUGUGAACACGUACACGUUGGUCACACAUCUAAUUAACACAAACGCAAUUAUGCACGC